GUACUAGUAGUAUUAAAAACCUUCAGUCAGAGGAACAUUUUAAAUACUAUCAUCAUCAACUGUAUUCUGUCCCAAAAGUAAAAGUAGUGAGUAUUAAUAUUUAUUAUUAUUAUUAAUAAUUUAUUUAUGUAAUGGUAUUAUUAUUAUCAGCCCCAAGAAUUGUUCUCCACUUUCUAGUUUUCUAAUAAAAACAAUAAAACCCAGCAGUGGUGGUGAAUCUGGUGGAAGCACUGCAGUUUUGGAUGAUGUUAUACCAUCCCAAUCACUUUCCUUCCGUCUAAUCUCUUUCGGUGAAUACGGCCUGAAUUUGUUAGCGAUUUUAGCAUCUGUAUUUGAUAGGGAAUCGGGUUUGGGGGAAAUGGGUGAAUUUGGGGAAAUCUGAGGAAUUCCCCGGUUCCCCUUUGUUUGGGGGUAAGAAGAGCCGGAUUUGGGUAGGAGUGAAAAUUAGAGAAGAGAUGAAGGAGUUGAUUGGAGGUCCGGGUACGGUUUGUGGGUUCAUAUUAAGGGUUGCUCAAUGUGUGUGUGCAGCUGCAUCCAUUGGAGUUAUGGUUUCUGCUUUUGGGUUUUCCAAUUACACUGCAUUUUGCUAUUUGAUUGCAUCAAUGGGGCUUCAAGUCUUGUGGAGCUUUGGACUGGCAUGCCUGGAUGUCUAUUCUCUGAGAAUAAAGAGAGACCUAUAUAAUCCGGUGUUAGUGAGCCUCUUCGUCGUGGGCGAUUGGAGACCCGUGGAAGGAGAGACUUGCAAUUCUUUGUUUCAUUUUCAUGAGCGUGUUGGACUUGAAAAAGCUCAUAAACCACCAAAUCGAUGAGACCACUCCCCCAUUAGACUAGUUCUUUAAGCUUGAAUACUAUUCUUCUCUGGUUUUAGUCCUGUUUUUCUACCUCUGUGCAUUUGUUCUGAGAUAAACAUACCAUAUUGCAGGUCACUGCAACCCUAUCACUUGCGGCCGCAUGUUCAUCUGCGGGAAUUGCUGUGUUGUAUGCCAAAGACUUGAAAUAUUGCAAAGGUCCAAUGCAGUCGUCAUGUAGCAGAUUUGAACUGUCCAUUGCUCUUGCCUUCAUCACUUGGUGCCUCAUUGCCAUAUCUUCUCAUGUAAUGUUCUGGAUACUAGCCUCAGUUUAGUUGGUUUUAAGUUCCUUUCUCCAUUGGCCAAUAUAGCUCAUUGAGAGCUCUUCUUCCGCGUGUAAAUUGUGACUGCACCUUUUGGACUAGAGAAAAGAAAUUCAGGGCCUCUCCAGUUUGGUACGAUGGCCGUGCAAUUUUGCUUGUGGUAUAACAUCGGCAUUGUGGUGCUUUCCCAAUUGUCACUAAUUAUCACCCUUCCCAUCCCAUUGAAAGAAUUGUUCAUGAUGGACUUUUUUAAGAGUUUAGGGGGAAAAAAAAGGAAAAAGAAAAAAAAGAAGUUUAUUAAUUUUUACUCAUGUCUCAAAAUUAUUGUUUAGUUUAAAUAAUUUUAAUUCAAUUUAUACUAAAAAUGAAAAUCUAAACUGGACAGUAAUUUCUCUCGGAAGUAUAUAUACAGUUUGGUUCUUCCUGCGGCCCGAAAAGGCAAGCAAAAUGACAAAUUCCAUUUUUUUGCAGUUCUUGAAUG